UUGAACCGAUUUCACACCGCCAACCGGCAAAGCUCUCUUCUUGUCUCUCUCUUUCUCUAACCCAUCUCUCUCUCUCUCUCGCUCUCUCGAGUUCGUCGGCCUCUGAUUCCGCGAUUGGGGCGCCGGCGGCUGCGCCGACGGAUCGAUCCUGGUACCGUAGGCAUCGGUUAGCCGAGAUCCUUCGCCGCCGCUCGACGGAGAGGAGACGGUCGGGUAUCACCGCCGUCGAGGUUCGAAGGGCGGUUCUAGGGUUUGAUGUCGAUUGCCUUUGUUUAAUUGUUGGUUUUGGAUUGGAAUUUUUUGGUGUGCGGGCUUGGAUUAGGGUUUCUUGCAUCGUGGGAGGAUGCCGCCGGGGCGCAGGAAAAGUGGGCAACGAGCGAAGGUGGCGGGUGAGUUGAGCCUGGGCGAUCUUGUGCUGGCCAAGGUGAAGGGGUUUCCGGCAUGGCCUGCUAAGAUUAGCAGACCAGAAGAUUGGAAGAGGUCGCCUGAUCCAAAGAAAUAUUUUGUUCAAUUCUUUGGGACUUCCGAAAUUGCUUUUGUUGCACCAGGUGAUGUUCAGGUGUUUACCAAUGAAUCCAAGAGUAAGUUAAUAGCUCGAUGUCAGGGUAAGACUGUCAAAUAUUUUGCUAGUGCUGUGGAGGAGAUAAGCAAAGCCUUUGAAGAACUCCAAAAGAAAGGCAUGAGUGAUCCUGCAGAGGAUUCUGAGGGGACUGCUGUUGGAAUUGUGUCUUCCUUAACAGUUGGUGUUGAAGAUAUCGAACAUACAGAGCACCAUGAAAAAGCUCAUUUAGAUGACCAGGAAGAAUCGUGUGAUGAUAAAAGAAUAGAUAACAUAGAAUUCUUGAGCAAAGAUCCACAUAACUUGGAGAAUCGCCCAUCCAACCAGCAGGAGACGAUAAGUGCUACGACAAAAUCCUGUGGAGGUGGAAAGGAGUUUUCAAGUAUUUCUUAUAAAAAAAGGAAGAAGGCACUAAAUAGUGGUACAUGUAUGCCAAAUGAGGAAAAAAAAUUGCCCAAGUUGACCUCUGUCUCCUCUUCAGUAAAGGAGGAAAAUCCCACAAGUCCUUAUUGUGGUCUAGAUGAUCAAAAUUCUAUGGAUGUAUGCCCUGAAAAAAAAGUUGAGAAGCUUCUUCCAAAACGCUCUGCUGCUAGCGGAAGUCAAUCUCUUUGUAAUACUGAAGGAGGCCAUGUGGAUCUGAUUGACAAUGAGCCUUUAGCUUUAAUCUUUGAUUGUAAAAAUGCGGGUAAUGGGCAGAAGGCAGUUGAGGAUAAUGGCCAUGUAAGAUCAAAGGCAAUUCUUGAAUCAAAGGGUGAAGCAGUCAAGGUUCUGAAAGCACACAAUAAUCACAAAUUACAGAAACAGUUGAAGGAAUAUUCUACUGAGGGAGGGAAACAGUCUGAUGCUUCAUUUGAUGGUGUUAAAAAAUCUCCAGUUACUGUUUCAAGAGCAGAUGCAGAUGUUGCUAAAAAUAAAAUUGGGCAGAAAAAAUCCAAGAAGAACUUGUCUAGAAAAGACUUCUCUAAGGAUGCUUCGAAGGUUAAUACACAUAAUGAAGAUGGGCCUGUCCCUGAUGGAUCGUCAUCCUCUGGAGAAAAAAAUGUGAAGCAGUCACAGGUCCUAAAGAAUAAAAGGCGUAAAAAUAGUGCGACUGAUGCCCCACGAUCAGCUAAGAGAUUAAAACACAUGGAAGCUGAGGGUGGUAAGGCUGGUAAGUUAGUAAGGAGUGGUGCAGCACAGUCUUCCUCUGAAAGCAGAGCGGAUAAGGAGGUUCUAAGAACUAAGAAAUCCAUGGGCUCUUCAAAAAGGCAAAAUGCCUUGCCAUCUCGAAAAGGAAUUCCUAAUGUUGGGAAUGGUAAAUCAGGUGAACCUUCGCUUCCUCCAUCAAAGCGAAGCCGGAUGGUGGAGGCUACGUCUAAGGUUUCUGCGAAAAGUUCUGUAGGAGCUGAAAGGAACUAUGAUGGAGAGGAAGAUGGCCUUGUUUCCAAUCAUGAUACGUCCCCUGUUACUUGUAUCCGAUCAAGGCGAAGAGUAGUUCGUCUUGAUGAUGAUGAAGAAGAAGGUGAAGAACAGAGAACACCAAUCCAUCAAGAGUCCAAAAUUUUGGUCAUAUCAGAUUCAAAUGUCACAACCACUGCCAAGAUUUUAAGUUUACAACCAGGAAGCAGCAAAGGUUCUCCAUUAAAUGCAGGCCAGUCUACUUUUGAGAAUCCAAGCUCAACCAACAACGAGAAACCAUCUGGUGUCAAGACAUCACCUGCUGAAGUUGGGAUAGAUUCUUCAUCUGACCUUGGAAAAGUAAAGGUGAUAAAAGAAGAAAAAGCUGCUGGUUUGCAGAUAUCCCCCUGUCCUAGUAAGCCAGAAUGUAAACCCUCAUCUAAGGUUAGUUGGCCAACUAUUAUAUCUCCCAAAUCUGCUGUGAGUCCUGUUGGUAAAGCCAAGUUAAAUGAGGAUAAGCCUGUCAAAUCUGAGCUUAAAGCUUCAAGUACCGCAGGAAAGAAAGUUCAGCCAUCUUUAUUAAAAUCCUCAUGUCAUCCUUCUGAGAGUUCAAACUCUUCUCAAAAUCAAACAAUGUUAUUGAAGAAGGGGCUGUCUUCAUCAUUGGAGAAAACUAAGGCCAUGCUAAAGUCCAGUACAAAAAUGACUAUGGCAACUGAAAGCAGGUUGGAGACUGCUAAAGCAGAAGCUAUAACAUUAUUUGAUGAUGCAAAGUUUUCAGAUUCUGCUACGUCAAUGAAACAUCUUAUAGCUGCUGCUCAAGCAAAGAGGAAGCAAGCACACCUGCAAGGUUUACACUUCGACAAUGUUCUUUCCAAGGUAGUUUCCACUCCUGUGAUUUGUGGAAGAAGCCCAGGCCUUGUUUUUGCAGUUGAUACAUUGGCGUCAGGAAAUUCUGUCCAAACUGAAACACAAGAUAUAUAUGCUUCUGUGCCUUUUAAUUCUCCACCCAAGACUGUUUGUCAAACAUCAUUGACAAAUCAUGGUGAGGAAUCUGAGGAUAGAUCUAGUCCUGAAGAGAGGCCACGUGGGGAAUCUUUGAAUGGUGAUACUGAAGCUGCGGUUGCUCGUGAUGCUUUAGAGGGAAUGCUUGAAACCUUAUCAAGGACAAAGGAAAGUAUAGGGCGUGCUACCCGCCUUGCCAUUGAAUGUGCCAAAUAUGGUCUCGCUAGUGAGGUUGUUGAACUUCUUAUUCGGAAGUUGGAGAAUGAACCUAGCUUUCAUCGUAGGGUUGAUCUCUUCUUUCUUGUGGACUCUAUUACCCAGUGUUCUCAUAGCCAAAAAGGCAUCGCCAGUGCAUCAUAUAUUCCAACUGUACAAGCUGCGUUACCUCGUCUUUUGGGUGCUGCUGCCCCGUCUGGAGCUGGUGCCCGUGAAAACCGUCGCCAGUGUCUCAAGGUUCUGAGGUUAUGGCUUGAGAGAAAAAUCAUGCCUGAAUCACUUCUGCGCCAAUACAUGGAUGAUAUCGAGGCUCCAAAUGAUGAUGCUAAUGCCGGCCUUUCUUUGAGACGGCUUGCUCGAACCGAGCGUUCUGUUGAUGAUCCAAUAAGAGAAAUGGAGGGAAUGUUUGUUGAUGAGUAUGGAAGCAAUGCAACAUUCCAGCUGCCAGGUUUAUUAGGUGCUCAUGUUUUUGAAGACGAAGAUGAUAUCCCUAACAGCCUAUACAAGGUCUCCAUGAAUGACCUGCCGGCUGAAUCUGGUAUUGCUUCAGAAGAAACAGAUACUUGUGCCUUCACUCCCAGUGACAGAAAUCAUCACAUAUUAGAGGAUGUGGAUGGUGAAUUGGAAAUGGAAGAUGUGUCUGCAUCAUCAAAAGAUGAGAAGGGCGUCUCAGGAAACGAGCCCCUCAGCUUGGAUCAAUGGCAUCAGACUGAAAGAUCUUCAGAAUCAAUACAAAAUAUGCUCCCACCUUUACCUGUUGAUCCACCUUUGCCUCUGGAUUCUCCUCCACCGCCACCUCCAUUACCUCCUUCACCGCCACCAUCUCCGCCUCCUCCACCCCCACCAUUGUCACCAUCCCCACCACCACCUCCACCGACACUACCGCCUCCCCCAUCUGUUCCUCCUCCACCUGGACCUUCAUCACCACCAGUAUCUCUGUUAUAUCAUCCUAAACCCCAAGAAUAUUGCAGGACUCCAACCGCCAGCCAAACAGUUCAGAUGACUGGAAAUCUUGCUGUUCCUGGGCAUUGUGCAGCUGCUCCAAAUAGUGAUGUGCUCUUGCAACAACAACCUAUCUAUGGAGCAACUGGAGCAAUCAAUUCGCAGCCUAUGGCUGGUUUUACCUCUAUGCCUUUUGAUUACGGACAUAAUGAUAUGUACCUUGCCCCCCAAGCUUCUCAUCCCAACCCCCAGUUUCAACCAGGCAAUGGAUCAUUCCACCAGAGACCUUGUCCCUCGCUCCCUCCUGUGCAAGCACCUCCGAACCAACCUCAUCCAAGCAGUCAAACUCCAGCAAAUCACUUUUCAUAUGUAAAUCCCAUGGUUCAACAAAAUGGUCCACAACCAUACAAUCCUUACACGCCAUCACUUAAUAAUGGCAGGAGGCAUUACAAUAUAGAUGAGCAAAUGAGGAUGCAUUCUAGUGAUUUUAGUCCUGAUAAUCAGCAUGGUGCAUGGGUUCCCAGUGUAAGAGGGCCAUCAUGUUCUGGUGCUCCUUAUGCUCAUGACGGAUUUUAUAGGUCUAAUAUGGAAAGGCCUCCACCUAAUUCUGCUGGCUAUCAGAUUCCUUUGCACACCCCUGUCCCACCGUCUGGACCUUCUGUUCCAGGUUAUGUUCUUCCCCAGAGGUUACCAUCGAGGCCUGAUGUUCCUGCCGUUAAUUGCUGGAGACCAGCUUGAAGUUACACUGCAUUUUCUUUGUCUCAGGAGGAGUUGGCCUUGCUAUUCUAAAUGACUUCGAAAAUUGCAGUUUCCAUGAGAGUAGUGAUGAGGUUUGGCUCGAGCAGUUGGCGGGACUUUGUACAUUGUAUUUUUUUGUCUUGGCGACUGGAUCCAGCAUGCUAAUCACUGCUAAAUGUAAGAACAUGUUAUUACAGAAUGAAAAAAAUUGUGCCAAUGAAAUUGUACUUAUCUGGCUUAAAUGCAUAUCAGUUCGGUUUCAUUAAUUUAAUGGUUAUAUGUUCAGAA